AUGUCGCAGCCUCCAGCUAAACGCAGACGCGUAGAGCUUACGUUAGAGGAUAAGAUUAAGCUGAUCACGGAAUCAACUUCUCAACCAAAACCAUCUCUGAAGGCACUCGGCGAGCGCUUCAAGAUCGGGAAGUCAAUGGUCAGCAACAUCUUGAAGAAAAAGAACGUCUACCAGGAGCAGUGGGAGAGGAAUGCGUCCGGCUCCAAGUUCCAUUUCGACAAUGAAUGCAAGUUCGACCAACUGAACAAGCUGACGUGGGAGUGGUUUAGCUGGAAGCGGGCCCAGAACUUCCCUUUGUCUGGACCUGUGAUCCAGGAGAAAGCAAGCAGCUUCUCAAAGGAACUGGGGUACCACGACUUCAAGGGGUCCAGCGGCUGGCUCACCUCCUGGAAGUCCCGCUACUCAGUGAAGGCGUUCAAGGUGUCCAGGAAGAGUGCUGGGGUGGACCAGCAGACAGUUAGUGACUUCAAAAGCCGGCUGCCAGACAUCAUACAGGGAUACAGCCUGGAGAACAUCUUCAAUGCCGACGAGACCGGCCUCUACUACAAGGCGUUACCUGACAAGACCCUGGCUGUGCGCGGAGAUGGUGCAACUUACGUCAGUAAUAAGCGUGCGUGGAUGACGUCAGCUGUGCUCUCUGAUUGGCUCCGGGACGUGAAUUCAGAGAUGUGGAGGAAAGGACGCAAGAUCCUGUUAUUCCUGGACAACGCUUCGUCCCACACCGCCUACAUGAAGACAUGA